AUGGUCGACGACUGGGGCGUCGAGACGGGCGACCGCGUCCUGCUGUGCUACCUGCCGGGCAUGGCGUUUAUGAUCGCGUUCUGGGGCUGCCUCCGGCUGCGCGUCGUCGCGGUGCCCGUCUACCCGCCGGACCCGAACAAGCUCGCCCUGGGCCUGAAGAAGCUGGACCUCGUGAAGCAGUCCUGCGGGUCGUCCCUGUGCCUCACGGAGAAGGCGCUCGACCAGAUGCGCAUCGCGCUGUCGUUGACGCACCGCUGGCCGCCGGGCCUCGUGUGGAAGCGCACGGACCGCGAGCUCAAGUUCAAGGACGCGUCGGACCCGGACGUGCCCCUCCUCGACGACGCCGUCGCGUUCCUCCAGUACACGUCGGGGUCCACGGGCGACCCGAAGGGCGUCAUGCUCACGUUCGCGAACAUGUACCUGCCCGCGCAGCGCCACCACCUGGCCACGCGGGGGGUCGCGGCCGGCGAGCGCAUCACGGGCGUGUCCUGGCUGCCCCAGUUCCACGACACGGGCCUCGUGUUGUGCAUCGUCGGGCCGUUCGUCGCGGGCUACCGCAUGGUGAACUUUUCGCCGCUCACGUUCCUCAAGAUGCCCCUGCUGUGGCUCGAGGCCAUGUCCAAGUACGGCGCCCACUGGUCCGCGGCGCCGGACUUCGCCUACGAGCUCUGCGAAAACGGCGACGCGCCGAAGGCCCACGCGCCCAUCGACCUCGCCUCGAUCCGCCAGUUCGCCUGCGGCGCGGGCGAGCGGUGCCGGCCGGCGCAGCUCGAGCGGUUCAUGGAGACCUUCAAGCCCUACGGGUUGCGCGAGGACGUCUACGUGCCCAACUACGGUCUCGCGGAGCACGUCGUCGGCACGUGCGGCUGCGCGCGGGGGCUGAUCUUAUCGAAAAGCCGGCCGGACCUCGCCUGCUGCGGCGAGGACUUCCAGUGCGACCUGAGGAUCGUGGACCCGACGAGCCGCCGCGAGGCGACGCGCGGCGAGAUCUGGAUCUCGUCCAAGUCCGUCGCCGCGGGGUACUGGGGCAAGAAGGAGCUGUCGACGGAGACGUUCCACGCGCGGCUCGUGUUAGACGACGCGGGCACGGAGAGCCGGAGCCGCUACGUGCGCACGGGCGACGAGGCCUUUUUAGAGGACGGCAUGCUCUUCAUCAACGGGCGGCUCAAGGACCUCAUCAUCGUCGGCGGCAAGAACUACUACCCCGAGGACAUCGAGGUCGCCGCCCAGGAGGCGAACCGCGACGUCAUCCGGCCCGGCUGCGUCGCGGCCUUCGCCGCCGAGGAGAACGCCGCGGGCGCCGAGGAGAAGGUCGUCUGCGUCUUCGAGCUCCGGAAGAGCGCGCCGAGCGACGCCGCGACGCUGAAGGCGCUGACGGACGACGUCGCGCGCGCCGUCGGCGUCGCGUCGGGCCUCCAGCCGGACCGCGUGCUCGUCAUCCCGGAGCGGUCCAUCCCGAAGACGACGUCCGGCAAGGUCCAGCGGCGCCAGACGCGCGCCAAGGUCCAGGACGCGUCGCUCAAGGUGCUC